AUGACAGAUCGAUCUCAGUCAGAGAUCAUUAGAGAUAACCCUAUCGGAACCGGCCUUGCUGUCUUUCACGCAUCAUUCUAUUCGAUCUGCGACGAGAAGGAGGUGCCGCGCACCCCUGACGCGGUGGGCCAACUUGACCAAGAAGAUCUCCAAACCGUUGUCCUCCUCCUUCUUUCGACGCUACAGAUCCUUCCCGCCUCUCGUCUGCUCCGCUCCAGCGGCACAGGCAAAAACGUCCUCGGCGACAUUGCAAGACUCAAUUCGGCCGUUGCUUCCGACGACUUCGACCUCGACCGUAUCAAGCCCCUCCUGCGUGCAGCCCUCGCCGAUGAUCCAAACGAUGCCCUGAUCUGGGAUCAAGUCUACCGGGCCGUCGCCAAGUCCACCCCUCCUCCCCGCCUGGUGCCAUCUGUACUAUCUUCCUUCCAGCAAACCCCAUGGCUACACAACACUGGCAGUUUCGCCAACUCCUCGGAAUACCGUCAAGAUGUGGACAGGGUCCUCAGGUUGGAGCUUGGUCCUCUCUAUGUUGGGCUUCCUGGCGCCCGCGAGGCUUUUUUCAGGCGCGUGGCAGGCCUGCAUGCAGCUUCUGAGGCCGUCUUGAAGAAGUGCACCGAAGGCGACGAUCCACUUUUUGGCAGCGAAGGGUGGCGCGGAUGGCCGUCAGAUGCAAAGGAAAGCGACGUACUGGCAUGGUUUGACGAUAUAAUCCCAAAGUUGGACGCAUUUACAGAGACCUAUAGGCCGACCCCAACACGCCGACGAAGACCACUGGCACGGCCUAAUAAGCCGAUUCAGGGUUCAACAGGAGAGCGGAAGCUGGACAUCGGCUUGGUCGAUGACCCUGAGGCCGGAAAAGAUUCAAAAUGUCACUGGUCGCAUAUCCUUGUGCCUGGAGAGCUCAAGAGCAACCGCUCUGCCGACAAAGCCUCAAAGGCAUGGCUUGAUCUGGGGAGGGAUAUAACCAUUUCCAGGCCGCCCGUGGUAGAUUUGGUGGAGCCGCGUCCAGAGUCCGGGCUAGAGGCAUGA